AUGAGCAUUGCAGAGCAUCAUGAGUUCAUCCAAUUCCUUCUGAUCGACUCAUCUCUCAUCUUGCGUUAUGCUGGCUCUCCAUUACAACUCUCACUUCAUCUGGUUGGCCAGUUCACUGCUGAAUUGGGAUGUACCUGCAAGACCACCUGCAUGCGAUCUCAGCUGACUUCACCCUGUACAGACAUCUGCAUUAAUGAUUGCACAGCAAACGACAGGCUCAUCAAGAAUAUCUCAGAAUCUCUUUCUCUGACAUGCACAGUGGUUAACAACAGGCAAGAUGAAGAGUUAGUCUGGCUUCGGGAAGACAGAGUGAUUAAUUUGAAGCCUCUGAAUCGGAUCAAUGUCAGCACUGUGUGCAUCGAUCCAAUCACAGCCGAUGACAAUAACGUUACAUUUAGCUGCCACUUAAGCAGAAAUUCUACAGUCAAAAGAAGCGUGCUCCUUGAUGUUAGAUUUGUCCCUAUUUUGAGUCAGGAUGGAGGGGUGGACGUGGAAGCAUAUUCUGGUGACGUUGUAACGCUGACUUGUAAUGUGAAGUCUAAUCCACCAGCUUUGAUGUCCUGGCAUAAAGAUAACAAUACCCUCAAGAUGGAGGCAGGCAAACACCAUGUGAACUGGGACAGUAGUGCCUUUACACUGCUUAUUAAGAAGGUACAAAAAUGGCAAAAUGGGACAUAUGUCUGCAGAGCAGAUUCCACACUUGGAAGCAGAAGUUUGUACUUCAAUCUGAGCGUGAAAGACAAACCAUAUCAAGUGCCAUAUGAACCAAUCAUCGCCGGGAUAGUGGUGAUUCUGUUGACCAGUCUUUUUGGAAUAUUUUCACGGCGACAUGCAGUUAUUGAGUGCUGCAGAAAGAACAAGAAUCCCAAGACAUGCAAUGAAACUCAAUAGGAAGCCAGUACUGCACAAAGAUGAAAAUAAAGAGAAGCUUGGAAGAAUGUAAGAAGAUGGAAUAUACUGACGACAGAUUUGUCCAACACUCUGCCGCCCAUGUUGACUCUCAUUUCCUCCCACCAAUCACAAUGACGGACAACUAUUCUGUUAUCUAAUUAAAUUAAAUACUGUAUCUUUAAAGCUGCACGGAAUUCCUUACAUAAGUUUAUAUUUUGGCAAAACUUUUAUUAAUUGUGAUUUGUUUUAGAUUUUUUAUUCUUCAGUAAACAUAAUAAUUUCACAAUUUACUUGUUCAUCAGUUCAAAUUUUGUAUUCUUUUUGUGCCUGAGAGAAAAAUGCAUUUUAAGAAUAAUUUCAAAGUUAUUUAAAAAUGGGACAAGUAUGUUGCUUUGAGGAAAUAUAUAUUUUUAUAGAUAUAUAUUUAAAGAUCUUUAAAACCUACUUUGUUGGCAAAAUUUAUGGCCAUCUACAUACAAUGUCUUAUGAAGCCUCUUUGGUUAUUCGGACAUCUAAGAUACUGUUACCUGUUAAAGGAUUAGUAGCAGAGAUACACCUCACCCCCCACCUACAACCUCACCCUCCCCCUGUAUACAAGCUGCCUGUAACUUAGCUCUUGUCUUUCUAGGCCCAAAGAAAAUAUUGAUGAAUAUCCUGAAUCAGUUACAUUUUACAUGGGGCAAAUUUAAUAGUGCCAAAAAUUUGAAGUAUCAUCUUGCCACCACAUUGCACUCAGCUCAGAACUCCAGGAAGAAUAUAAGAACCAGCUAGAUUAUAAGGUUGAAAGAAGAAAAUGGGGCAUUAGCACACCCUAUAAAGGUUUACAUACAACCAAUGCUUUUGAAAUGCAGUCUUGAUUCAAUAAAUAUUCAAAAGUUCAAACUUCAAAAUAAAUUUAUUCUUAGACUACAUAUAUGUCACCAUACAAACCUGAGAUUCAUUUUCUUGUAGGCAUAAUCAGUAAAUCCAAUAACUAUGUUCGAAUCACUGAGACACUGCACAAGCAGGGUGGACAACCAGUGUAUGAAACACAAGAAACUGUGCGGAUAUAUAAUGAAAAAAGAAAUAAUAAUAACAAUAAAUAAGCAACAAAUAUCAUGACCGUGAGAUGAAGAGUCUUUGAAAGUGAAUCCAUAGGUUGUGAGAACAGUUCAGUGAUGGGACAAGUGAAGUUGAGUGAGGUUAUCCCCUCUAGAGAUACAACCUAGAGAUUCAUGUUCUUUUGGGCAUACUCCAUAAAUCCAUAAUAGAAUAACAACCAUAUUAGCAUCAAUGAAAGACCCACACCAACCUGGGCUUUCA